GGAUUUAGACAAUAGGACAAAGUGUAAAAUGCCGUUUACAAAUGCAUUUAAAAUAAUUAAAUUUCGAUUUUUAUUGCUUAUUGUUGUUAUAAAUAGCAUUAGUAUAGUCAACUGCAUAGAGCCCAUAUCGAUCGGCAUUGCUGCCGGCGUGGGCGCCAUAGGUUUUGGCUAUUUCAAAAGUCAAACCUAUUGUCGGCUCUAUGAGUGCUGCGACGACCGUAGCAUUCCGGGCAACAUGACAAAGCUAUACGAGUCACUGUCGCAAACACUAUUUGGACAGCAUAUGGUGCAGCAACAUGUUAUGCCCGCGCUUGUUGCGCAUCUAAAAUCGGAUAGUCCAUCCCGCAAGCCGCUGGUCAUGAGCUUUCAUGGAACGCCCGGCACGGGCAAGAGCUUUGUUGCUGAUCAAAUAGCGCAAGCGCUUUACAUGGAGGGUGCCAAAAGUAAAUAUGUGCACAAGUAUUUGGGUCGUGCGGAUUUUGCGCAUCCCGGCCGUAUCAAUGAGUAUAAGGAGCGCAUUAAUCGUGAGGUGCGUGAAUUUAUACAGGAUUGUCCACGCUCCCUGUUCAUAUUCGAUGAGGUGGACAAGAUGCCAAUUGGUGUCUUCGAUACGCUCACCUCGCUGGUGGACUAUGCGGCCAAUGUGAAGGGCACCGACUAUACCAAAGCCAUAUUUAUAUUUCUAUCCAAUACGGCAGGUGUGCGCAUCUCCGAUCAUUUGGCCGAGCUUAUGAAAAAGGGUACACAGCGUGAAGAUACACGUCUAUCUGACUUUGAGGAAAUGCUGAAAAUGUCUGCCUACAAUAUGGAGGGCGGCCUCAAAAAGACCAACAUGAUCGAGGCACACGUCAUCGAUCAUUAUAUACCAUUUUUGGCGCUUGAAAAGGCGCACAUUGUCCAGUGCGUGGAGGCCGAGUUCCAGCGCUGGCACAUCCGGCCAAAGCAGCAAGAUAUCAAUACUGUUGUCAAUAGUGCUGUUAACUAUGAUCCCAAGUAUAGCAUGUUUGCGACAUCCGGUUGCAAGACGAUUGAGAAGAAAGUCGCAAUGGUAGUCAACGAGCUGAGGGUACCUUAAUCUGCAGCCGUCAUCCAUGU